AUGUAUGAUCAACCUUGCUUCUCAGAUAUUUUCAAGAUUAAUGAGUACAAUAAUAACGUUAAAGAGAUAACAAAGGGUAAAGGUAAUAGUUUGAGGUAGAGCAGAAAUAUUCUGAAACAUUAUAAGUCAGAGAAAAACUCAUUGUUUACUAAUUCUUCUUAGAUAUCUGAUGCAUUUACCGGAUAAUGUACAAUCAGAGAUAGCAAUAAUACUUUUAAAAUGGAUACCUAAGCAACUUUAAAAUAAAAAUCAAUAGCAGUAAAUAGGAAUCACCUAACUCAGUCAAAUAUUCCCUUUCAGACACAAGGACAUCACAACUCCCCUCAAAAUAUUAAAUAACCUAAAGAGUCAAGCUACAUAAAGAAUUUAUAGUAGCCCAAAAUACAGUACAUGGAACUACAUGAGUUACCGAAUAUAGGUAAAUAUAGAGAGGAUCCCUCCUAAAACUCCACUGUUUAGCAAUCAAAAUUAAACUUUUUUAAACAAUUCCAUCAGAAAAUUAGCUUCUCUGAAUACGUAACUUAGAACACGUACAAGGAGAGAAUGAACGAUGUAAAGUCUACUUAAGACAUCUAUAACUUCAAGUUAAAGAAAAACAAUGUGAUUGAUAACUACUAUAGAAGUUUGGAAUCCCAGCAUGCUGAAGCUAAUUGGAUCUCUUCCAUUGAAUAAGCUAAGCCUAGAUUAUAUUCUAAUAGCUUGGUUUCAUCUCCUAUGAAUGAUGAGUAAAUUAUAUAAUUUAACUACAAAUCAAACCCAGAAAAGAAUAUGUUUAAGAGCAGGUAAUCACCUAGAUAAACCUUUCGAAAGUCCAAUACCGAGAAACAAUCAUUAGAUAUAUGGACUGUUAGGGCUAAAUAAUAUGCGUGGCAACUUUAGAGUUGCAGCAUCUCUGACAAUUAAAAUAAAUUCAACACAGUUAAGAGUAUAAAUAUUAUAUCUUAAAAAUAUUGA